AUGUGCUCACCUGAAGUACAGGAAAAUACUGGAGACCUCAUUGAGGGUAGUAAAUUUCGCUGGAAGAAAGGAGAGCUUAUUGGGCAUGGUGCAAUCGGGAAGGUCUACAUGGGCUUAAACUUCGAGACCGGAGAGAUGAUGGCUGUUAAGCAGGUUGAUCUCGGCGAGCAUUUUGGGCCGCAAGCAGCUGAAGAGCUCAAAGCCAUGGAUCAAGAGAUCCAUAUCUUCAGUAUGAUUUCUCACCCUAACCUCGUCAGAUACUAUGGAAUGGAAAAAACUUCAACUCAGUUUUUCAUUUUCCUUGAGUACGUGUCAGGGGGGUCCAUUGCAACCAUGCUGCGAAAGUUUGGAGCAUUCAGUGAACAGAUGGUCAGCAACUUUACCGCCCAAAUUGUAGACGGACUGCACUAUCUGCACUCUCAAUCGAUUUGCCAUCGCGACAUCAAAGCGGCGAAUAUUUUAUAUAGCAACGAUGGCGUUGUUAAACUCGCAGACUUCGGGACAGCCAAAAAGAUUGCGGACGUCAUGAAUAUGUCAACUGGACUCAAGUCACUUGUCGGAACUCCAUACAUGAUGGCGCCUGAGGUUAUCCGCCAGACCGGACAUGGCCCCCCCGCUGACAUCUGGUCCCUCGCUUGUGUCAUAUGGGAGAUGGCGACCACCAAGCAUCCCUUCACACAGUACACUGAUAGAAUGGUCGCUAUGUACAAUAUUGCACAUGCAAAAGCUCCUCCAAAUCCUCCGGAGACUCUUUCUGAAAUCGCACAGGAUUUUGUUCGGAAGUGCAUGAUCAUCGAGGCGCCGCGUAGAGCGUCGACGAAGCAGCUUCUUGAGCAUCCGUUCAUAGGUGAAGGCUAA